AUAUGAAGUGGAAGACUUUGUGAAUUUUGAUUACAAGCUUCAUCAUUGAAGAUCUUGUUUUGCAUUUUUUUUCUUUUAGGACAUUUCUAUUUUGGCUAAAAAACUUUUCUUCUUACUGUUUCCAGAUCACUCUAUUUUUGGGUUGGUUCCUCUUGGCCUUUCUUUGGGUAGUUAGCUGAAGUUCCUGUUUUGCUUUUCUCAAUCAGUCAGUCUUCGGUCUGUUUCUUGGGUCACUGAGUUGGGAAUUGGGCAACUUUCUGAGAUUUGUUCUCAUCCCACCUGCCAGCUGGGCUCUGGUUCAAGAAGUUGCUAGGCAGUGGUAGGCACUGAAGCAUCUUGGUCAAAAACUGGUUGUUGGGUUCGUGGGUGGAUUGAUCAGUUGUUCAAUAGAGUGGGAGUCAUUUUUUGUGUUUGCACAAUUUAUGUGGGAAGUGUUAGCUGCAGAAAAUGGGUGGUGGUAGAAGAAAGAAGCAGCAUUUUGGCAGAAUCCAUGCCUUCUCAUGUGGGAAAGCAUCAUUCAAUGGCGAGCAUUCACGUAUUGGAGGUCCUGGCUUCUCACGGGUAGUUUACUGCAACGACCCUGACUGCUUGGAGGCCGCUGCUCACAGUUAUGAAGGCAAUUAUGUUAGAACCACUAAGUACAGACUUGCUACAUUCUUACCAAAAGCACUGUUUGAGCAAUUCAGAAGGGUUGCCAAUAUAUAUUUCCUCAUCUGUGCAAUAUUGUCUUUUACACCACUUUCUCCUUACUCUGCUGUCAGCAACGUCGUCCCUCUCGUCGUUGUGAUCGGAGUUACAAUGGGGAAAGAGGCUGUUGAAGAUUGGAGGCGCAAAAGACAGGAUAUUGAAAUGAACAACAGGAAAAUUAGGGUGCAUCAUGGUGAUGGAGUUUUUGAGUAUACUAAGUGGAGGGAUUUGAAAGUUGGGGAUAUAGUGAAGACCACCAAUCUUGAUGGGGAAACUAAUUUGAAAUUAAAACAAGCAUUGGAAGCAACUUCUAAUCUGCAUGAAGAUUCGAGCUUCAAUAAUUUCAAGGGUGUAAUCCGAUGUGAAGACCCAAAUGCAAACUUGUACUCAUUUGUAGGCAGUCUGGAGAUUGAAGAGCAACCAUACCCUCUUACGCCUCAGCAGCUUCUGCUUAGGGACUCCAAGCUACGAAACACAGAUUUUGUGUAUGGGGUGGUAAUCUUCACAGGUCAUGACACAAAAGUUAUGCAAAACUCAACAGCUCCACCUUCCAAGAGAAGCAAAGUUGAGAGGAGGAUGGAUAAGAUCAUCUACUUCUUGUUUUUCCUCUUAGUUUUGAUGUCAUUUGUUGGGGCCACUGUCUUUGGGGUUACAACUAGGAAAGACCUCGAAAAUGGAAGAAUGAUAAGAUGGUACCUCAGACCAGAUGACACCACAGUUUACUAUGAUCCGACGAAGGCACCAGUUGCAGCAAUUUUGCAAUUUUUAACAGCCAUUAUGUUGUAUAGUUAUUUGAUUCCCAUAUCCUUGUAUGUAUCAAUAGAAAUUGUCAAAGUUCUUCAGUGCACUUUCAUAAACCAGGAUCUGCACAUGUACUAUGAGGAAACUGACCAGCCAGCCCUAGCGCGUACUUCGAACUUGAAUGAAGAACUUGGCCAAGUUGAUACUAUACUUUCUGAUAAGACAGGAACAUUGACUUGCAACUCAAUGGAAUUUAUCAAGUGUUCCAUUGCUGGGACUGCUUUUGGGCGUGGAGUUACAGAAGUUGAGAGAGCUUUAGCCGGGAGAAAAGGCUCAUCUAAGUCAUCUUUAGCUGAAGAGGUGACAGAAGAAGAGAGUCAUGUUGAAGACUUGACUGAAGCCAAGUCAUUGAUAAAGGGCUUUAAUUUUAGGGAUGAAAGGAUCAUGAAUGGCCAUUGGGUUAAUGAGCCUCGUGCAGACAUAAUCCAGAAGUUUCUACAGUUACUAGCUAUCUGUCAUACUGCAAUACCUGAUAUUGAUGAAGAAACCGGAAGAGUAUCAUAUGAAGCUGAAUCACCAGAUGAGGCAGCUUUUGUGAUUGCAGCAAGAGAGCUGGGGUUUGAAUUUUAUAAAAGGACUCAAACAAGCAUCUCGGUGCAUGAGUUGGAUCCCAUUUAUGGAAGGAAGGUUGAAAGAGUUUAUAAGCUUUUGAGCAUACUGGAAUUCAGUAGUUCUAGAAAGCGGAUGUCUGUGAUCAUAAGAACUGAAGAGGGAAAGAUACUACUGCUUUGUAAAGGUGCUGACAGUGUCAUGUUCGAAAGACUUGCAAAGAAUGGAAGGGAGUUCGAAGAGAAGACUAAGGAACACAUUAACGAGUAUGCUGAUGCUGGUUUGAGGACUUUGGUACUUGCAUAUCGUGAACUUGAUGAAGAAGAAUAUGUUGAAUUCAACAAAGAAUUUACUGAGGCCAAAAAUUUGGUUAGUUCAGACCGGGAGGAAAUUGUCGAGCAAGUUUCAGAGAAGAUAGAGAGGGAUUUGAUUCUUCUUGGUGCUACUGCAGUUGAAGACAAACUUCAAAAUGGGGUUCCUGAAUGCAUUGACAAGCUUGCUCAGGCUGGAAUUAAGAUAUGGGUUUUGACGGGAGAUAAAAUGGAGACGGCAAUUAAUAUUGGAUAUGCAUGCAGUUUGCUUAGACAAGGAAUGAAACAAAUAGUAAUAAGCUCAGAGACUCCAGAAGUUAAAGCAUUAGAGAAGGUGGAGGAUAAGUCCAUGGUUACCAAGGCAUUGAAGGAAAGUGUUGUCCAUCAAAUAAAUGAGGGAAAGGCUUUGCUCACUUCACCAGAUGAGAACACUGAGGCAUUGGCUUUGAUUAUUGAUGGGAGUUCACUCACUUAUGCCUUAGAAAAAGAUGUCAAGGACCUCUUUAUAGAGCUUGCCAUCAGUUGCGCAUCUGUUAUAUGCUGUCGUUCAUCUCCCAAACAGAAAGCACUUGUUACAAGACUGGUAAAAGAGAGAAAUGGCAACACAACUCUGGCAAUUGGUGAUGGGGCAAAUGAUGUUGGAAUGCUUCAAGAGGCAGAUAUUGGAGUUGGUAUCAGCGGUGUUGAAGGAAUGCAGGCAGUCAUGUCAAGUGAUGUUGCAAUUGCACAGUUCUGUUUUUUGGAGCGCCUGUUACUUGUACAUGGACAUUGGUGUUACAGAAGAAUCUCAUCAAUGAUAUGCUAUUUCUUCUACAAGAACAUUGCUUUUGGCUUUACUAUUUUCUUCUUUGAGAUUUAUGCUUCAUUCUCGGGACAAACUGCAUACAAUGAUUGGUAUCUGUCACUAUAUAAUGUCUUCUUCACAUCACUUCCGGUAAUUGCCUUGGGAGUGUUUGAUCAAGAUGUCUCAGCCAAGUUCUGUCUCAAGUUCCCUCUAUUGUACCAAGAAGGUGCACAAAAUGUCUUAUUUAGCUGGCUCCGGAUACUUGGAUGGGCAAUGAAUGGGGUAGUGACUGCUACCAUAAUCUUCUUCUUCUGCCUCGUGGCAAUGGGUAGUCAAGCUUUUCGUAAAGGUGGGCAAGUUGUUGGCUUCGAAAUCUUUGGGGCCACGAUGUACUCAUGCGUUGUAUGGGUCGUGAACUGUCAAAUGGCACUAUCCAUCAAUUACUUCACAUAUAUUCAACAUCUCUUCAUCUGGGGUGGCAUUGUGUUCUGGUAUAUUUUCCAGUUGGCAUAUGGAGCCUUGGACCCUGACAUAUCAACCACUGCCUAUAAGGUUUUCAUUGAAGCCUGUGCACCAGCUCCAUUUUAUUGGCUUCUCACUCUAUUUGUUUUGGUCUCUUCCCUCCUACCAUAUUUCACUUAUGCAGCCAUCCAAAUGAGGUUUUUCCCCAUGUAUCAUCAGAUGAUACAGUGGAUAAGAACAGAUGGGCAAUCAGAUGACCCUGAGUUCUGUCAUAUGGUGCGCCAGAGAUCCAUAAGACCCACAACAGUAGGUUACACAGCCCGCAUUGAAGCGACAUCUAAACGCUUUGAAGAGAAGCUCGAGGGCCUUUAAUUUUUCACAUUCUUAUCAUAAGAUAAUGUACAUUAUUUCCAAAGAGGAGUUUUUUCUCUUUUACAUAGAGUGUCUUGUAGUUGUGCUCCAUGACAAGCAAAUGUGUCCCAGGGAUUAAGGUUUGUCCUUCCAAGUUUUUGCUUAGGAUAUUUCAAUGUCUAGAAGCUCCAAAACUGUAGCUUUGAAUUUUGGAGUUCAUGUAGAGAAUAGUCUGGUCAACCUUUUGUAUCAUGUAUGAUGUAUCAGAUGUACCAUAACGCACAAUAAGAAUUUUUUAUUAUUUUU